AUGAUAGGGAUAAACAAGUUGGUGUUUUCCAAAUGUUUAUCAAAUUCAUGUAAGAGAAUAACUAGAAUACCUACCACCACUACUACAACAACAACAUUUAGACUCACCAUAAAACCUAUACGACAACAAUAUCUUAGACCAACAUCAAUUUUACAACAAGUUAGAUUCAAUUCAACCAGUACAGUCACCAAUGACAACUCCGCACCAAAAGAUGAAAGUCAAUCACAAUCACCACCAAAAACUAACAAACGACCUAAUAUGAUGGCUGACAUUGCUAAAUUACUAAGAUUAGCAAAACCCGAAUCGAAAUUGAUCUUUUUUGCUUUACUUUGUUUAGUAGCUACUUCUGCUACCAGUAUGGCAUUGCCUUUGAUUAUGGGUAAAAUCAUUGACACAGCAAAGACGGAUGAAGAUGAUGAGGAAAAAGAAAUAGAAACAGAUGACAAGGAAAAGAAUAAUACCAGUGGUCAAUUAAUUUUUGGAUUACCUGAGCCCCAGUUUUAUUCUGCUUUAGCUGUGUUAUUCAUAGUCAGUGCAAGUACAAAUUUCGGACGUAUUUAUUUGUUAAGAUCUGUUGGGGAAAGAUUAGUGGCAAGAUUAAGAUCAAGAUUGUUCCUGAAGAUUUUAGCACAAGAUGCCUAUUUCUUUGACAUUGGACCUUCUAAAGUGGGCAUGAAAACGGGGGAUUUGAUUUCAAGAAUUUCUAGUGACACCCAAAUUAUCUCUAAAAGUUUAAGUAUGAAUAUUAGUGAUGGUAUGAGAGCUAUAAUAAGUGGAUGUGUUGGGUUAUCAAUGAUGUGUUAUGUAUCGUGGAAAUUGACUUUGUGCAUGAGUAUGAUUUUCCCUCCUUUAAUCACGAUGUCGUGGUUCUAUGGUCGUAAAAUAAAAGCCUUAUCUAAAUUGAUCCAAGAAAAUAUUGGGGAUAUGACAAAAGUCACAGAGGAAAAGUUGAAUGGAGUUAAGGUGAUUCAAUCUUUUAGUCAACAGCAAUCAAUGGUUCACAACUAUAAUCAAGAAAUUAAGAAAAUCUUUACUAGCUCCAUGAGAGAAGCUAAAUUAUCAGGUUUCUUUUAUUCUACUAAUGGUCUUAUUGGGAAUGUUACUAUGAUUGGAUUGUUGAUGAUGGGAACAAGAUUGGUUUCUAUGGGUGAAUUGACCAUUGGUGACUUGUCAAGUUUCAUGAUGUAUGCUGUUUAUACUGGUAGUUCCGUUUUUGGAUUGGGCAAUUUUUACACUGAGUUGAUGAAAGGGAUUGGAGCAGCAGAGAGAGUUUUCGAAUUAGUCGAAUAUAAACCUAAGAUUUCAAACAAUUUGGGAAGAAAAGUUGAUAGUUUAGAUGGGGAUAUUGUACUUGAAGACAUUGAUUUCAAAUAUCCAUCGCGCCCAGACUCCAUUAUAUUUGAAGGUUUAAAUCUUAAAAUUAAACAAGGAGAGAAUGUAUGUCUUGUUGGUCCAUCUGGUAGUGGUAAAUCAACUGUUAGUCAAUUGCUUUUGAGAUUCUAUGAUCCAGACCAUGGGAAAAUUGCCAUUGGGGAUAAUGAAAUCUCUGAACUUAACUUGAAUCAUUAUAGAUCUCAAUUAGGGUAUGUUCAACAAGAACCAUUGUUAUUUAGUGGUACAAUCAAGGAAAACAUAUUAUUUGGAAAAGAUAAUGCUACUGAAGAAGAAAUUCAAAAAGCUGUCAAAUUAAGUUAUGCAUCACAUUUUAUCAAAAAUUUACCUGAUGGAUUGGAGACAAAGAUAGGUGCCUCGCAAUCCACUCAAUUGAGUGGAGGUCAAAAGCAAAGAGUUUCCUUGGCUCGUACAUUGAUUCGUGAUCCGAAGAUAUUGAUAUUGGAUGAAGCAACAUCAGCCUUGGAUUCUGUGAGCGAGGAAAUGGUUAUGAGAAACUUGAUUGAAUUGAACAGAGAAAAGGGUAUUACAUUGAUUUCUAUUGCUCAUAGAUUAUCUACCAUCAGAAACAGUGAUAGAGUUAUUGUAUUUGAUCAAGAUGGACAAAUCGUCGAAGAUGGAUGUUUCAACGAGUUGCAUAAUGACCCAAAUAGUAGAUUUAACCAAUUACUAAAAAGCCAUAACUUAGAAUAA